CGAGUCGUGGCGGUGCGGGUCCCGAUUGCUGCAGCCGCUUGUCAGUGUGACGAAGAUUGGCACCCAGAAAAUUUGAACUACGAUAUGAUGAUUUGACUUACAAGCUCUUGGUAACCAUGAUGGCAACACAGACAAUAAGUAUAGACAACUACCAAGAUGGACAACAGCAGAUGCAAGUAGUAACUGAGUUAAAAACUGAGCAGGAUCCAAACUGUCUGGAAGCGGAUGCAGGGGGCUUGAGUCCUUCUCCAGUAGAGUCCCAGACGCCAAUGGAUGCAGACAAACAGGCCAUUUACAGGCAUCCACUCUUUCCCUUAUUAGCACUAUUAUUUGAAAAAUGUGAACAAUCUACACAGGGAUCAGAAGGUACAACCUCUGCUAGUUUUGAUUUAGAUAUUGAAAACUUCGUAAGAAAGCAGGAAAAAGAAGGGAAACCCUUUUUUUGUGAAGAUCCAGAAACAGACAAUUUAAUGGUAAAGGCAAUUCAGGUUCUCCGAAUUCAUCUGCUUGAGCUAGAAAAGGUUAAUGAGCUUUGUAAGGAUUUCUGUAGUCGCUAUAUUGCCUGUCUGAAAACGAAAAUGAACAGUGAGACUCUUCUCAGUGGAGAAUCUGGGAGCCCUUAUUCACCUGUACAGCCUCAGUCCAGCAACUUUAAACAUGAUAAAGAUAGCUUGGAUUUGCUGGAGCAGCUGUCUUCAUGGAAAGAGUCACCAGAAAAUCCAAUUCAAAGUGCCAUCACAGGUACACUCAGUCCCCAAGGGAUUAUGGUGCCUGCAUCAGCAUUGCAGCAGGGAAAUGUAACUAUGGCAACUGUUGCAGGUGGUACAGUGUAUCAGCCAGUGACUGUGGUCACACCUCAAGGUCAAGUAGUGACGCAAGCUCUGUCACCUGGAACCAUCAGGAUCCAGAAUUCACAGCUCCAGUUACAGUUAAACCAGGAUUUAAGCAUCUUGCAUCAAGAUGAUGGGUCAUCGAAAAAUAAAAGAGGGGUUCUUCCAAAGCAUGCAACAAAUGUGAUGAGGUCAUGGCUUUUUCAGCACAUAGGGCAUCCGUAUCCCACAGAAGAUGAGAAAAAACAGAUAGCAGCACAAACAAAUCUGACAUUACUCCAGGUUAACAACUGGUUUAUCAAUGCUAGAAGACGAAUUCUCCAGCCAAUGUUAGAUUCCAGUUGUUCUGAAACUCCAAAAACAAAGAAGAAAACAGCUCAGAACCGACCAGUUCAAAGGUUCUGGCCAGAUUCCAUUGCAUCAGGAGUAACUCAGCAUCAAUCAAAUGAACUUGCAAUGUCAGAUGGAGCCGUUGUAACAAUUACAGCUCCAGUCAACAUGAAUGUAGACAGUCUCCAGUCUCUUUCAUCGGAUGGUACUACUUUGGCUGUUCAACAAGUCAUGAUGGCAGGGCAAAGUGAAGACGAGUCUGUGGACAGCACUGAAGAUGAUGGUGCAGACCUCUCAACCACAAACAUCAGCGGGCUUGUCUUGGAUAACAGUGAUUCUUUGCAGUAGGAAGGAAGAAAAUCUGGCUUAAAUGCUUAGGAAAAAACAAUGGACUCACUGACUUUUUAUAGUUUGCACAGCAAACAUUUUACACAAGUUUUAUUUCUAAUAUGUUUUAUAUGUAGAUAUAGAAGAGUGCACUUUUUUGUAUUUCAUAGUAAGCUUAAAGAGUGUCUUUGCAGGUGCAGCAACUUCUUUCAAAUGUGUUGUUUUUUGGUUUUAAUUUUGAAAAUGUAAAUCUAGUAAUUUAAAAAGAGACCACAAUAUCACCCCAUUCUUUUCUUAGGGUAACUUUCUCAGUCAUAAAAUUGAUCCCAGGUUGACCUGGCUUAGGGUGGUGCGGCAGUCAUGGGGCAAGGUGAUGAUUGCUUUGAUGGUUAAUUAUUUUUUUAAAUCAGCAUGAACUUAAAAAUCUGUCAGCUACACAAUCACCAUGUUCCCCAAGGGUUGUUGUUGUCCAGCAUCUUGAAGUCUGCUGGAAUUUUGUGAGACAUGGAAUUGCUUUCGCAGGAGAAAUGAAAGUACUUUAAUCUCCUACAGAAUUAUGCAGUUUCAAUUAGUCCUGUCAUUUGAAGAUGGCUUUUGGUGGUUUUAACAGUGUAAAUGUAAAGCAUGUCAAACUAGUGUAUGGGCUUUGUUUAUGGAGUUAGUCAUGUAGAUUUGAAAGAUGCUUCUGCACCUUAAAAAAACAAAACAGAACUGCCAGUUGUAAGUGGGUAACCAAACAUGCAAAAAGAAAUGGAGAUGUGUGAUUCCAGUAAUGAAUGUAUGGCAUUUAAAAUAAAUUUAUGUUCUCUCACAGAGUUCUUAGGUGGCAUCCUCAAGAUUCCCCCUCCCAUGUAAGUCGCUACAGAAUUGCAGGAUGCAGCAGGAACAGGGAGAAUCUCUAGGUUGUAACCUGACAGCCCUAGUCAUAGCUAGUGAGUCUGUCCAACAUUUGCUAUAAAACACUUAUUUUUACCUUAUCAGGAUUAUUGGAUUAAAAAUAUUUUUAUAAAUUCUCUAAGAAUUGGGAUGCCGACUGUAUUGAGCAUGAGAAAAACUUAGUACUCCUAUUUGGAAGGUUAUGAAAACUGUCCGAAUUGAAUAAACAUGCCUGUGCUAUAUCCUAUGGAUCUUUGUUAUCCUGUAGUAAUACAGCCUAUUUGAUAGUGGUUUAAGAAGGGCCCACUCCUUAAUGGGAUGUUGGAGAUUGUCAAACAAUUUUGUAUGCUGUGUAAACUAAUUUUCAAUUAUAUUUUAAAUGAAUUUGAAACUUGUAUCAAGGGAUUUGAAGAACUGGUACUCCCUGUAAUCUUCCCUGCAACCAAGAGAAAAUUUUCAUCAGUACAUGCAUCUUAUCCAUCAACUGUAUGAACAUACUAGUCUCUUAGCUGGGAUGGGUUUUUUCAUGUGAUCAUAAUUCCUUCUCAAAUGCUUUUUAGUAUCUACAUUAGGACAUAAUAUAAUGCAUAGGAUGAUAUAAAAACAGAUUUCUUAAACACAACAGUACUCAGAUCAUCCUGAAGCAGCAUACUCAUUGCGUAUCAAUUCACUUGAAAAGAGUUUGCCUUAGGCAUGGCUGCAGUUACCUUUCUUUGGUCUCCUUACAUUUUGAGUUUGCGGGAAGCAUUCUGUGGGUAUUGAUGCUGACUCUACUGAAAGCUGAUACUUUUCCAUAAAAUAAAAUAGCUUGGAGGUGUUGUCAAAUAUCAGAACUAGGUACUGGAGAAAAGCUAGAAAUACACCAUUGUUCAAUGGAAUGUGAUAGACUGGCUUUGAUGUAGGAAGUAAAGCAUUCAAGGAUCUCUUUUGUUCACCAUGUUCUUUUCAGAGGGAUUUAAUGAGGGUUGCUACCUCUACAGUCUGCCCCAUCUUCUUGUAGAGACUGGAACGAACCAAUCAGAUAUUUCUUCUCAGCUGCAUCAGACUAAAACCAAAUGUUACUCUUAAGAGCAUAGUUCUUGCCAAAAUGCUUCAACUUGCUAGGGGCUCCCUGUAAUCACCUUGCUAUGUGGAUUGGCUGGAAGAGCAUACAUUUCCCAAAGUACUAAUCUCCUCUAGGGCACUGCCCAUAUAACCAUCAAAAGGAGUAAAGAUUCAAUGGUUAUAAUAUGAAUCUCCUGCCAUCCAGAAGUGUUUUUCAUUGCCAACCCCUCAGCUCUAUUAGAAUUUAAAUUGGUCUAAAAAGUACCUGCUCUGUUUUUUGUCUCAUUUAGCACAGAGAUAAACCUAAAUAACAUAAAAUGGCAGGAGGAAGUGGUGACUGGAUGCCCUGAUCUCUGUAGCCUAGCAGGAUGAGAAGGGGAAAUAAACCUCAUUAAUUCUCAGUGCCCUUGAAAAAACAGCAAGUGGCAAGUGGCUGAAGGAUGGCAACCUGAAGUUAUGGUUGUUCUGAAGCACCUCACUUUAAAGCCUUAAAGACUAGAUGUGUAUUGAUGCACGGACUUUUAUAAUUAUGUGAAGGUUGAUGUUAACUCAUUAUUUUUAUUUUAUGCUAUUGGAAAUAUUCCGAAGGAAGUUUACAACAUGCUUUUUAAAAAGAAAAUGAUAGCAUAAUGUUAUGCUAUCAAAGGGCAAUAUGUUUUAAGACCUUAAAAUUAAAGUAACUUUAAGUAAAGAUAACUUUUAAAAAAUGCAGUGAAAAUAAGUACAUCUGACUCUGCUAGUACUAACCCUCUUAACAUCAGUAGUAAUUUAUAUAAUUGAGUUAAAUGGGAUGUGGCUUAUCAGAAUGGUCUGAAUGCUGUCUUUUCCCUUUUUUAAAAAAAUAUUUGAUAAAACAGCAGCAUUGUCACCGUUUUUCUUUCUUGAUACAAUCAAAUUAGAUUUUGUGUUUAUACGUAAUUUCUCUAUCAUUAGUAAAACACAGAAGAGAUGCAAUACAACACUUUGUUACUCUUCCCUGUGUCUAAAAGUACAAAGUAGUAAGAACAAAAUUUGGGCUAUAUAGCAGGGAGACUUGGGGCAAAGGCAGGCAGAAUAGAGCACCAAGUCUCUAGUCUCAUUUCAUAUGUAUCCAGGGCGUUGUUGUUUAAAGUCCAUAUCAUGUGUGGGCUAUCUCAUCUCCAGAAACUGCCCACUUUCACCAAAUCCUUUGUGCAGUUUGCAGUGAUGGGGUUAAAAAUCAUUGUAGCAACCCACUAUAUGGGAACAGCAUAAUGCCCAAAGCAGUUUGCAUAUGGUGUAGAUUUCAACUGGCUGCUGCUUGACAAUAUGAAUCAGGCUAGAAGUUCAUAAACACCAAGUAGAGAAACCUGUUUUGAAAUUUAUGCAGGAAAACUUUCUAACAAAUGAAAAUGAGAUGUUAAGAAAUAACAUUGAAGUCAUAUUUCAUAGUAAACCAGUUUCUGGAGGCUUAGCACAUUAUAACAUUAUAACAGCCAUGCUGUUAACAAAUGUUCUGUAGUAGAUGAUCUCGGACACUGACUGACCUUGCGUAGGAAAUAGAUAUGUGAACUCUCGAGCCCUUUUGCUAGCUUAGAUGUAACUUUGAGUUUGUGGAGGCAAAAUGAUCCAGCCGUAGCCAUCCAUCAGUAUGAAAGGGACGCCGCAGUCCACUAUUUUGCACAAGGACCUUCCUCCCACCGGCACAGGCAGCCAGGCCUGAUGAGCUCCUGGCAUGCCUUCAGCUAGGAGAUAUCAUGGCUUCUGUAAACUUUAUACUUAGGGAGGUGCUUCCUGUUCCUUGCUGUGGAUUUUCAGUUGAUUGGUACAAUUGCAAUACUGUUCAUCCAGAAAUGUGUACAGGUUCCCCCUGCAUCUUUUGAAGCUGCUGUGUCAAAAGACAGCUGCAGAAGCAUUGUUGGAAGAAAGCAUAGCAGUUAGUCAACAAUACAGGAAUGAAACAGUGGUGAUAAUGAUCCUGUUCCAUUGGUAGGUUAGUUUAUACAACAAUAAAACGAAAAAGAUACUUCCUUGGAAUGUUAUAGAAGCUGCUUCAUUGAAAAGUUUGUGUUCUUAAAGACAUGUUUUUUUAAACAGUUACCAGAGACCUGUGAGUUAGUACAUUGUAUUUGGUGAUAUUUUAAAUUUGGUGAUAUUUUAAAUACACUAAAAUAAAAAUCUGUUGUUGAUACAAGAGUUGAUUAACAUUAGUAACCUUCAUGCAGUCUUGGGGGGAAAAGAUGUAAAAAUGAUCCCUGUUACCACACAGCCUUUUCAUAGCAAGGGCUUCUUAUGAAUUUUAUUCACAAUGGACCAUUAGAAAUGCCCAGAACAAGAGCCCAGUUCUCCAAGUAAUUCUUCUGCAGAUGUACCAUAGAAAUUAAUUGAAACAGCACAAGCCCAUGCCCAAAGUAACAAUUUUCAAAUAUCACAUUACAUGAACGGGUAAAGUUUUCUCUUGUUGCACUUCAUAAUGUUCCUCAGUGUCUUGGUGCUAUUAUUUCUGUCUUGUUUACAUUAUGGAUAUUCUCCUCUGAUAUAGGAAACUGAUCCAAACAGCUGUCUGUGUAAACAUGGCAGACAAUCGUAGCUGUUCACUUGUCCUAUGAAGGUGUAAAACUCAGGGGUGAGGGAGAAGCUUGACAUGUCUUUGCAGGGUAACACCGCUGCCCAAUCAUGUAUUGUUAACAGCCAAAGGGGGUGGGAAUGGGAAUGGAUGACAGUGGGUGUAUGCAAGCUUAAUGUUAAAAUGAAUAACCCUUAGUGCCGAAGGAUGAUAGCCACACUAAGUGAUGUUCUGGGAUGUCCAGAAGACUUGUGGGAAGGUGGAAACAGUACCAUAUUAAAGAAGAACUAAGAAACCCACAAGAGGAAUGCUAACUCAGGACAGGAUUAAGGAGGAGGUACAAACAUUAUCAGUUUACGGUGGCCUUCAGUUAUAUAUCAGACAGCAGGGAAAGACAUGCUAAGAGCAGCCAUUGCUGAGUAGUUAGUCAUACUGCAACUUUCUCUUUGGAACACUUUGGGCAUUACUAUAUUUUACUGUAAUUGCAUUACAAAUGAAACUACGUUUAAUAAGCCCAAAUCAAGUUUUCCUAAUUUAACUCAGCAAAAAUGGGGAGGAAAGCCCUUACAACUGAUUUAUCCAUGAAUUGGUUCCUUGGGACUGUGGCCAUUAUUUUGGUCAUCAGUUGCUGAAAAUACUUAGAACCAAAGUUAUGGAUGUCUGCAAUGGCAGCCAAGUGUUAAAUCUGAAUAACGUUUUAAUAUUAUGGAUAUGUUAAUGCAGCAAGUGUAAAGAAAACUAGAUUGGACAUCUGACUUCAAAGGAUGUUUGGUGUAUGAUUAUUGGUUUUGUCUGUUUAAGAAGGCAACAAAGUCCUGUUUUAAAUGAUACAUAAUGAUCUAAUUCUGCUGUUGACUUGCUUGCAACUUGUAAGUAGAUCCCAUGUAUUUUAACAAAGACAAUGACCCAUCUUCCAUUGCACCUGGACUUUAUAACUGACAAUCUGUGAAAUCUAAGCUCAGCUAAACUUAGCUUGUUUGUUUGUUUGUUUGUUUGUUUGUUUGUUUGUUUACUGUCUUUGAUGGAACUGUUUGGAUACACUUGAUUUAGCAUGGCAAAAAAAAAAAGGUUAUUCACUGAAAUGUUUUUACAUGAAAUUGCUGAAGUCCAAAUGAGCUUAUGUUAUAUAAUUUGGAAUUGCUUUAAUGCAAAACAGUUGUAUCUGAUUUCUUUGCUUCUGUUUUCUGGGCUUUCUAGAGAAUGCACAUCAAUUCCCGCUUUGAUUUUUUAAAAAAAAUUAAUUGCAUUGAAUAAGUUUGGUUUUGUUUGGUUUAAAUUAGAAAAUAUUCAGCAUGUUACUUUAUACAUGUCAUUGUUCAAAUCGUAGGAAGGAAAAAUGAAAUUCUUGAUAAUGUGUUUUAAUUGUAUGGAAGCAUUUUUUUAAUUGAAAGUCUAUGCAAAUGA